UCUCGGGCAGACGUUCGAGACAUGUGGCGGAGACUUUUGGAAGGCGACGUUGAGUUUUUGGCCAAAAAUAACCGCCGGGACGUGACGAUUGCGCCCCGUUUCCUUUAGCGAGAGGCUCCGGCUUCGGCGACCAACGCUUCCCCGCCUGCUAGCUGGCCGCUGUAGCUAAGCUAGCGACGCUCUUUGGGGCAGCCAUUAGGCUGACCAGGCGGGGGGCAGAGAUGACUGGAUCUGAAAAUGGAGGCCAGGGUCCUCCUGAUGAUGGGACAGAGACCGAGGAGGCAGAGAGGUGUCCCAUCUGUCUGGGGAUCCUGGCUGGAGACGUGGCCAUGCCUGGCGGCUGCUGCCACCUCUUCUGCCUUCGGUGUCUGCUCACCUGGGCGGAGUCCCAAAUGGUUCCCUCCUGCCCAGUGGACAGAAGACCCUUCGACAAUGUUUACAAGUGGGAUCCGACGCAGGCGUGUGUUCAGAUCGCGGUGAGGAAGCAAGCGAGCCAACCAGAGGUGGAGAGAUGCAUCUGCAGAAGCCUGGAGCCAGUCUGCCUGAAAAGUAAACCAGGUAGAAGACUGCGGAAGCAGAAGGCGGAGAGGACUACAGAUGCAAAACCUAAAGGACUGGUGAGGAAAUGUAGCGAUGAAGACCCCUCUUCAAUGACCAGGAAAAAGGUGAGAGAAAGUCAUUGCUGUGCCUGGUCACCAUCUCAGUACGGCUUUUCUUUGGGCUCUUUGACACAGGAAAUCGUUGAGCCUCUCUGGGAGGAAGUGGAAGUAUCCUAUGAAGCAGGGAACUGGCAGUGCAAACCUCAGAAGCAGGAGUGUCCGUGGCUGUCUCCUGCUGCCCCAAUACCUGCAAGUGGCAACUCAAGACACAGCUCCCAACCUUUAAACUGGAACCACAGCCCUUUCCCAUUGAGGCCCUUCACCGCUCCCUUCAACCCGACCACACCCUUUGGCCCGAGUCAUUUUGUCUUUCAGGGGCGCGUCUGUGCCGUCACCUGUCCAAAAGGUGGAGAGAAAAGGGGCGGUCGAGCUUCAGGUUCUAAAGCCCCUCCAAAAGAGACGGCACCUGUGACGUCCAGGCGCUCCAGUCGCAACGCCAAAGCCCAGGAACAAGCUCCCGUGUCAGACCCCGGGUCUCCCCCAGUGUCCAACAUCUCAGAUUCAGACUCCUCCUCUGGCCAACCCACCAAAUCAGGCAAGGCCUCUCAAGUUCCUGGCAAGAGGAAGGGCAGAAAUUGGACGAACCGCAAAGCCAGUGGGAAGAGGAAAGCCCCACUGAAGAGGAAAGUCUCCCCGCAAGUGGUCAACAGUCCGACAGCGAGCGAAGAAGAAGAGGAAGAAGAAAGAGAGGACAACGAGAAAGGGGAUGAUGAUGAUGAUGACUACGAUGGUGGAGAUGACGAGCAAAAUAUGAAGAGCUUGGAGUCGCCGCUGUCUGAUGCUGAAGGGAGCCCGGACGCAGGGAGCCCGGACGCAGGGAGCCCGGACGUAGGGAGCCCGGACGCAGGGAGCCCGGACGCAGGGAGCCCGGACGUAGGGAGCCCGGACCCAGGGAGCCCGGACGUAGGGAGCCCGGACGUAGGGAGCCCGGACGCAGGGAGCCCGGACGCAGGGAGCCCGGACGCAGGGAGCCCGGACGCAGGGAGCCCGGACGCAGGGAGCCCGGACGCAGGGAGCCCGGACGCAGGGAGCCCGGACGCAGGGAGCCCGGACGCAGGGAGCCCGGACGUAGGGAGCCCGGACGUAGGGAGCCCGGACGUAGGGAGCCCGGACGCAGGGAGCCCGGACGCAGGGAGCCCGGACGCAGGGAGCCCGGACGUAGGGAGCCCGGACGUAGGGAGCCCGGACGUAGGGAGCCCGGACGCAGGGAGCCCGGACGCAGGGAGCCCGGACGCAGGGAGCCCGGACGCAGGGAGCCCGGAUGCAGAGAGCCCGGACGCAGAGAGCCCGGAUGCAGAGAGCCCGGACGCAGUCUGCCAAACCGCCAGCUCUGAUCAGCAAACUGAUGUAGAACCUCCGGCCAUUGACCCAGAUGAAAGUCAGGAACAGUCAGAGGAACCAGAGCAGAAACCAGGCGAAGAAGAGGGAGACGGUAGCAUGUCUUUGCUGUCAGUUUCUCCUCCAUGCUGCCCUGGUGUGACCUCAGAGGGAGACUGCGGUGACGGGCAGGAGGAGCAGCCAGGCAGCCCUGACUCCUCUGUCGAAAAGGAGUCUGGGAAAAGAAAUUCUCCUUUGCCGUCUGACUUUCUCAAUGGCCUGCUGGAGAGUCCUCGCUCUCUGUACUCCAGCCAAGAGGACCAGAGAGACCCCAUGGAGAUCUCUGGUUCACCUGAGGGAAAGGGAGAAGCAUCUUCAAAGGAGGAGAAUACAGAACCAUGCGAAAGCUCGCUACAGCCCGGUUCCCCAUCAGCUGGAGAGUCCCACAGAGGUCCAAACGCCCCAGAGGACACAGAGACGGAAACACUCGGUCCAGAGGAACCAUCAGUAAAGGAGACACCUGAGGAGGCACCCAAGGAGAAGAAUCCAUCUGAGGAUGACACAAAUGUCAUCCCCAUGGUCUGCAGCUCGCCCGACAGUGAUCACGCUGACAAAGUCACGUUGGAACCACCGAGUGACAUCGUCCCUUUGGCCAACAUGGUUCCUCCUGCUCAGACCGGCCUGCCCACCAAGGAGCAGGACAACGGCAGUCAGGAGAAACCUAGAGAGAGGAGCCAGGAGAGGAAGAACGGCAGGCAGCGCCGCUCUCGUUUCCACUCUCCAACCUCCAGCUGGUCCCCAAAGAGAGACUCUGGACGGGAUUCAUCCAGACGCUCUAGAUCCAGAGAGCGCAGCCAGGAACGAGAUGGUAGCCCUGCCACCCGCCGUUCAUCCCAAGCCCGCAGCCGAGAGAGGGAUAGAGACAGAGAGGGUGAGAGACUCAGGGCUAGAGGGAGAGACAGGGAGAGGGAGGAGGAGCGGGAGAGAGAAAGGGACACAGAGAGAGACUAUUCCAGAAGAGAUUGGAGUCGUGACAGGAGGAGGCGGCGAUCCAGAAGCCGCUCCAAUUCCAGAUCCCGGUCCAGGAGUAGGGCCCACAGAUGGGGGUCCAGCCCCACCCAGCCAGCCUCCAGAGAGCCAUCUCCCCAGAGGAAGGAGCACUGGGGCAGGGGUGGAUGGAGAACCGGACAGAGCAGUGACUCCCGCCGGCUGCAUGGAGGUACGGGCCGCUUUGAAAAUGAUGCACUUGCAGAAACCUCCCCAGACCACCAGGCUCGUUCCAAUAACCCCGACUGGGUCACAGAAAGGACUUGCAAUGAUGCAGGGCAGGGUGGUGGGGCACGCUGGAGAGCAGGGGGAGUCUCUGGCUGGGGCCGGGGGCGUGGUGGAGGAGGCGCGGUGCAGGCGGGCUCCAACCGUUCCUUCUACAGCCAGCAGGGGGAGACUACAGACAGCCGCUGGCAGCCGAGAAACAACUUCUCAGGGAACAAUUCAGUGAACGACGUCCACGAUCGCUUCAAUGAGAACCGGGGAGCGGGCUGGCGGAAAGACCUGGAGUUCGGUGACUCGAUGCUAGACAGGUCUGGUUGGUCGUCGGCCUCCAGCUGGGCGGUGAGGAGGACACUACCGGCAGAUGUACAGGAUUAUUACUCCAGGAGAGAGAGAGGAGGAGGAUGGAAUCGGCAGGAGGAAGACCAGACACCAACAACAGAACCCCUUAAAAAUGAGCCGGUUCCUCAGGCCGUCCCGGGCAAUGCUCCGGUCCCAGUGGUGAACCUUGCCCCUCCCCAGCUGAACGUUCUGCACCAUCACUUCCCCAUGUCAGGACCGCGCGGCGCCCUGCCCAUCAGCCUGCAGCCGGCGGCGCCUUACCCCAUGCCUCCCCAGCUGCCCAUGCACCUCCACCCGGCUGUGCCUCUCCUCCAGGUCCCUGCUGUGGGUGCCCAGGGCCUGCCCCCUCCUCCCCCACCCCCACCCCCCACACAACCGGGCAGUCAGACGGCGGCAGGCCAGCCCAAUGGCCACACGGCACAGAUGGCGGGUAGCAUGAUGGCAUAUGGAAAGCCCCCCCUAAUGGCCACCCCAGUCAAAGCAGGCGGUGUGGCGGCGACGCAGGGUCAGCCUCCCAGCAACCAGGCCCCAUCCUCCACCACCCAGCCGGGACAGCACAACAAGGCCCUGGCAGACAGCUCCAAAAAAGAAAAGAAACAGCAGAUCCAGGAGAAAGCUAUCAAUGAAGUGAAGACAGCCAUCAAACCCUACUACCAAAAGAAGGAAAUCACCAAGGAUGAGUACAAAGAGAUCGUCCGCAAAGCGGUUGAGAAAGUUUGUCACAGUAAGAGCGGGGAGGUGAACUCGGCUAAGGUUGCCAACCUGGUGAAGGCGUACGUCGACAAAUACAAACACGCCCGCAAGAAAUGAAGCCCCCAACUCUGUCAACACUCUCAGAAGACCUCCCUCAGUUACUCAAGUGCAAUUUCCUCUGGCUGGAAUUAAGGCCUCCGUACGGGGAGCCGCCUGUUUUUUAAUCUCUCUACCUUUCACUGAAUGAAGAUUUUUUUUUUUUCUAUAGAUUUUUUCAUAUUUUGUUAGAAGAAAAAAUAUUUACCCGAAUCAAAAAUUGUAACGCAAGAGCCCUUUAUUUUGCAUAGAUCAUGUGACUACAGGGAACUAACGUGGGCAGGAAGAGGAGGGUGCGAGGGGACGAUAAAAGUUGACGCGCUCUGAACUGCGACAGUUAAAUGUAGCGGAGAGCCAGCGGCUACGCCGGGUUCCUCCUAUUUAACCCGCGGCCUCCUGACUCACGCUGACAGGCGCCGUCAUUUUGAAUAUGGUAUGAUAAAUCAGACGAAAGCUUAGUUUAAUUAAAGAAGUGCUUUGCCUUUAUUCUUCUGCUGAGAUCGUGUGAUUGCUUCAGGGAGCUGAUUGGUCGAGGAGGAGUGGGGGCGCGGCGGCCAAACAGCAGCGGGUGUGUCAUGUAAGGUACGGGUCGAGGGGUCCGGCUGCGGUGAGGCGAACCCCUGUCAGUGCUGUAAUAAACGUCACGGACCUGACCUGAGCACAGAACCAGGAAUGAGUCCAAAUAAAUUAGCUGUCUCCUGCACGGGUCCGUGUGUGUGUGUGUCUGUUUCUUUGUGUGUGCGUGUGCGUGUGUGUGUGUGUGUCUGUCUCUGUGUGUGUUUGUCAGAGGAUUCUCAUGAGUAACGCUUAUACGCCGGGUUCUUGAACAGGUCCGGAAACCAUCCGUCGUUAUUUUGAUUUUCAGGUGGGAAAAUGUCUGAGAAUGACCAGAAAUAAAAUGAGUGGUUUGGAGAGAAAAGGGUGGUUCAGAUGUGGACUGACUGGGUCUUCUGUAGCAGCACUUCGACAGUAGUAGUGGGUGUCGGUGAUUCAGUAACGGGAAGGUUUCGCAGAUCUGGAAGCAGAGCGACUCUGCGGCAUUAAGUCGCUGAAACCGCUGCCUCCCCACACUCUUAACUGCCAGUAAUGACGAACGAGUAACGUUGACUGAAGCUUCUGGAAUGUUCCUCUGAAUCUGCAGGAGACGGUGUGCAGGAAGUGGCCCGGCAGAUGUGUGACUGUCGGGAAAAGCUUGGCGUGUCGCUCGUCUUACAGCAUCAGUUCCACCACGUCUCAUCUUAAGUGUUUUGUAUUUCCUCUGUAUUGACGAAAGGAUUCUCACGUCUCUCUCCUCUCUCACAGUCGACCCGGACACUCUCACGCUCGCGAGGAGACGGAUAUUUAUUAUUCCAGGUUCGUCCCGGGAAGAGCUGGGAAACCACAAACUGCACUUGUCGAUAAUCCAAAUAUCUUUUUUCUUUGUUUUCUUCCAAUUUUCAUUUUGUUCUGUUCUUUAUGAGGAGAGAGAGACAGACCUAGGCUCGGCUGUAAGCUUUUAACGGCUUGCCAGCGGAUGAAGGCGAAGGGAGACUGUGUCGAACCGUUGGUUCGUUAUGCAAACGGUGUUCUGACAAACGUUUCUUUUGUCUGUGUGCAGAUGUUUUUUAAUGAACCUGUCAAAUUCCUCAUUAAAGUCAAUCACUGUGUAGCGAUGCCAGCGUCACCACGCCUGCCGUUCAUACGCUCACUGUAAAGUCCACUUCUACAAUGUCGAGUACAAAACGCCCCCCGACUUUGCUCGGUGGCUUGACAAACACGAAGGCGAGGAGGGCGAAACACAGAGUAAUAGCACAGGACAACAACACAAAUACACAACAAGCUCCAGAUACACAAGGAUUCAC